AUGAGUUUAGUCUACGGCUUGCUGGACAGGGGGCUCAUCCCAGACUUCUUCGUUCGACUCGCAGUUCGCCGCUUGUCCAGACAAAGACUUCGUGAAAUCGACCACGGGAGCUUGGAGGCAAAUCAUGAGGCCAAGAUGAAAUGGCUCGCGGCUGCUCGGGCCCGGAACGCUAUCGCUGAAGUCCCAGAGAAAGCGAAUGAACAACACUACGAGGUCGCCACGGCAUUCAUUCUGUCGACUCUCGGACCUAGGGCCAAAUACUCAUGCUGUCUAUAUCCAACUGGGCGAGAAACGCUGGAGCAGGCCGAGAUUCUCAUGCUCGAAAGUUAUUGUGAGAAGGCUCAUCUGCGGGACGGAUUGGACAUUCUGGACUUGGGGUGUGGAUGGGGCAGCCUGUCCAUCUUCCUUGCAGAGAAAUACCCUCGGUCAAGGAUAGUCGGACUUUCCAAUUCAGCCACCCAGAAGGCACACAUCGACUCGAUCAAGCAAAGGCGUGGCUUGGACAAUCUCGAGAUUAUAACCGCGGACGUCAAUACGUUUGACUUUCCCGAGUCGAAGCGAUUCGACAGAGUUCUUUCCAUUGAGGUAUUGAAGUUUGGCUCUGCUUCCGCGUCCCCUCUCAACCAAACUGUCCAGAUGUUCGAGCAUAUGAAGAACUACGAAGCUCUAUUCAAGAAAGUCUCAUCGUGGCUUCGAUCCACGCCUCCCAGUACAACCUCCAGCGACGAUAAAUCUGAUUCUUCGGUCAAGGAUAUCGCAAAGGAAUCCCUUCUCUUCAUCCAUAUUUUCUGCCACCGAACGACUCCUUAUGAUUACAUCGACGACGACAGCUGGAUGGCCAAGCAUUUCUUCUCGGGAGGGACAAUGCCUUCCUUUGAUCUCUUCUCCGAGGUCACCUUGAUCCGCAGUUGGUUCCUCCCAGGCACACACUACUCUCGCACCUGCGAAGACUGGCUUAAGCUUCAGGAUGCUCAUGCAGCUGAUGGCCUGAAGGAACUGAAAGUCGAUGCUCUCAACCAUGACAGACCAGAAAUAGAGGGCGUGAAGGCUUUCAACCGGUUCAGGGUCUUCUACAUGGCCUGUGCUGAGUUCUUCAAGAUAGAUAAAGGCGAACAAUGGGGAGUUGGGCACUACUUGUUCAAGAAGCCGUAG